CGACACGCCCGCACCCUUCUGCGCUCCUGGUACUAAACAUCGUAAACACGCGAAUUUCAAAUCGAAACAAAACACGCGAAAAGUGUCAAAUGCGUCGUUAAAUGCUAAAAUGGUCGCGAUCCUAGCGAAUCCUAAAUGGAGCGAGGAUCUCACCAUUCAAAUGAUAAUAGAGUACGAAAAACGAGAGUAUCUCUGGAACCCGGUCGCGGAACAUUAUAAAAACAAAAAGAUUCGCGAACAGGGUUACUUGGAAAUAAUUAACGCGCUCAACUUGGUCGACGUGACGGUGAAGGAGUUGAAAAAUAAAAUAAAGAAUAUCCGUUCGUCGUACAGCGUGGAGCUGAAGAAGAUUCGCGCGGCUCGCAAGGCCGGCGCGCAUGCGUACCGGCCCAGUGUCACGUGGUUCGAGCACGCCGACAGGUUCCUGCGAGCGAUUGUAACUCCCAUCUCUAUGGAUAACACAUUAGUGGAGAUACCGGCGAGCGACGAUAGCGACGUGGUUCAAGAUUUGAGCGAGCGAAAGUCACCUGAGAAGAAAAGCCCGCGAAAACGACGCAGUUCAACAAGAUCGUCGACACCUUACGUGUUGAACACACCUUCUCCCCGACCCAAUACACCAUUCUCCCUCAACCAAUCAUCACCAUUCGGUAUCCUACCCACAUCUACAACUACCUUCCUAAAUCCUCCAGUGGGUAUAGCAACACCGCUCACUACCUCAUUAGCUACAAUCUACCCACUAACAAAACAGAAGAAGCGCAGUUCAGAAGAUCGCUCGGAGUCAGACGGACCGCAAGAUUUGAGUCAGCAUUCCGAUGUCAAUGAAAAUGAAUUUGAAAUGUUUGGUAAACUGAUAGCGAGUCAAUUAAGAAAGCUACCGCUUAGCUUGGCUUUGGAUACUCAAUUAAAGAUUCAGACAUUGGUAAAUGCGGCUAGAAUACAAGCUGUGUACCAACAGUACAGCUACGCGGGUCCGUCUCAGGAAGCACUUUCGGUACAAGCUUUGUCGAAUGGAAUACUUGCGAGCAUGGCAUCUCAGAGUACCUUCGCCUCUCGGGCUGUGAUGGGCAUACGCAAUGAUUCCCCAGAUGAGAUGAAUAUUAAAGCAGAAUAUUUGGGGUCGGAACCCGAGGACUAAAGACAUUCAUGCCAAAUCAGAGCCUACCUCCAAAAGUUUAGACUCCAUAAAGGCUGAGGCCUCACUAGAGGAAAUAACACGUAUAUAGGUAUCCCGAGUUGUAAGAAUCCUUCAAGUAAUAGCGCUGAUGGAAAAGGGGUCUUAGUUUAUUGAUACAUACAUAUAUAAUAUGUUUUAGAUGUCUGCCUUUUGCCACAACAAACCAAACAGUACAAAUGACUUGAAAAUAAUAUAGAUACGUGGUGGACGCGAAUUGAUGUAUUUACGACUUGAGUUGGCACGUCGCGUAUAAGAUUACUUUAUUAUUCCACGUGCCAACUGAUAUAUC